UGGUGCCUGGUGGGGUGAAAUUGGAAAUAGCAGACCAUAACAAAACGAAACGAAACGAAACGAAACGGCGUCGUAAAAGCACCGCUUGGAACUGGAAGUAGAGGAAAAGUUCAUCUUUUACACCUUCGAUUGCCGAUUGCUGAUUGCCGAUUCGAUAACGCAGAUAAGGAAAGGGGCUUGAACAUCUGAAUUGUUGGUAAAAUGGUUUCCUUUGAGAUGAAUGAUCGCAAGAAGAUUGGAUUAGGGUUAACUGGAUUUGGUAUAUUUUUCUCAUUCCUUGGGGUAGUCUUCUUCUUCGACAAGGGAUUACUAGCCAUGGGAAACAUCCUGUUUGUUUCUGGAGUGUCCUUAACCAUUGGCCUGAAAUCCACUAUGCAAUUCUUUAUGAAACGAAGUAAUUUCAAGGGAACAAUCUCAUUUGGUAUUGGAUUCUUGAUUCUCAUAAUGGGAUGGCCUAUUUUGGGCAUGAUCAUUGAGGCUUAUGGAUUCAUCGUACUAUUCAGUGGUUUCUGGCCUACACUGGCUGUUUUCUUACAGAAGAUUCCCAUUCUUGGUUGGUUGUUUCAACAGCCAUAUGUUCGAUCGUUGUUUGACAGGUAUAGGGGCCGGCGAGUACCUAUUUAAGCCAUGAAUCAAUGGAAACAUUGUGUAGCUGCUAGCAAGCGUGUUUAUCAGUGCAUGUAAAGAAAAAUACUCUCAUAUGGGAGAUACCUGACUGAAUUGUGUUGGCACUCUGAUGGUAGAAAAUGAUUUCAAUUUUACAUGAUACUCAUAGAGUGCAAAGGAAAAUUAAGAAAAAAAAAAAAAGGUUUUGGCUUUCACUUGUUUUGGCCCCGUUAAGAUUUUAAUGCAUAAUGCGGAAUCAAUGAAUCAAUGAUCUUGGGAGUUAUAAGUUAUAUAUCUGCAUUUUAUGUCACUAUUCCAACUAGACACAUUGGGGAAGAAGCAUCAUUUGUGUGGGCGGUUCCAUGUUUCACAGCCAUCAAAUGUAUAGUGAUUUUUUAAUGAAUAUUAAAUUGGUUUUUUAUUUUUUAUUUUUAAAUCUGUCGUAGCAUAGAAUUUCUUUUUAAA